AUGAAGCCUGCAUUGUUGAUUAGUCUUGUCACCCUGCUCGCUGUGGCACAUGCGUACGUCCAGCCAAGCCUGCUCAGUCCCGACAUGGGCCUCAACAAUGCCAUUGUGGCAGCAGCUGCUGGGGCAGGAGGACUGAUUUGCUACUUCCAGGUCGAAUUCACCACUGCAGGCAGCUCACUCGUUGUCACAAACCAGAUUCAAACAGCCAUCACGAAUGUUGUGGACCAGGUCGUGGCAGGGGUCGAUGCUUGUGCCAAGCCAAACCGGGUGUCCUCUCACUGUUUCUCCAUCUUCAAGCAUGGGGUCCUCAUCCAGGGCUGCGUUGCAAACCUCGGUUUUGCUGCCCAGAUGAACGAACAGGAGGUGGCAGCAUGUGCUGCUGUGGACACUGGACCUCUCAUCGGACAGACAAUUUCUACAAAGUACGGUAACGCCACAAUCACCGAAGCAUCAGUGUGCAAUGCUACUAGCAUCGAGCUUGAAGGUUCAAGGCCUGUAAGCAUCGACAUUUGA